ACUGGGAGCGAAAAAUCCGGGAUCCGGCAACUUUGGGCAGCGCAUGCGCGCCCGCGGCGCUCCAUCCCAAACACACACACAUUUUUCCCCCGGACUUGGAAAGUCACCCAAAGCCGCCCCAAGUGCAGGCAAACAGAACUCGUUGACUGAAAGCAAAGACUCCUUCCAUCUCACCUGCCCUUUCAGCCGCCACGGUUGUCAACCCCCUCCCAUAGAAGGGGAUCCUGUAACCCCAGCAUUGGAGUGGACUUCGGACACCGGCCUCUUGGGAUGCAAAGGAUGAAGUGACGCCCCUGCUGUUAAAGAGGAGCCUCUAGGACCCGCUGCGAGAGUUUGGGACCAAAGAGAGGAGAAUGGAUCUUGGUACAGCUGAAGGCACCCGGUGCACCGACCCGCCCGCAGGCAAGCCCUCGAUGGCGGCCAAGCGCAAAGGCGGCCUGAAGCUCAACGCCAUCUGCGCCAAGCUGAGCCGCCAGGUGGUGGUGGAGAAGGGGGCGGAGGCGGGUCCCCAGGCCGAGGGCAGCCCGCUGCGGCCGCGGGACCGCGAGGCCGGCGUGGCCCGGGGCGCCCGCAGCGAGGAAGACAAGAGGCGGGCAGUGAUCGAGAAGUGGGUCAAUGGCGAGUACAGUGAGGAGCCUGUGCCCGUGCCCAGCCUGGGGCGGAUCGGCCGCGAGGGCCUGGAGCUGCCCCCGGAGGGCGUCUACAUGGUGCAGCCCCAGGGCUGCAGUGACGAGGAGGACCAUGGCGAAGAGCCCUCCAGGGACGGCAGUGGCGCGGCAGAGGAGAAGGAGUCUAGUGGAGCAGCCUCCAAGGACGACAGCAGCCCCAGUGCCAAGCAGGCUUCAGGAGAGGCCUCCUCGCUCCGGGACUACGCGGCUUCCACCAUGACUGAAUUCCUCGGCAUGUUCGGCUACGAUGACCAGAACACGAGGGACGAGCUGGCCAGGAAGAUCAGCUUCGAGAAGCUACAGGCGGGCUCCACCCCUGAGGUGGCCACCUCCUCCGUGCUGCCUGCUUCCGAGGACGCCCUCAGCAAGCGGGCACGCUUCUCCAAAUACGAGGAGUACAUCCGCAAGCUCAAGGCCGGCGAGCAGCUCUCCUGGCCGGCCCACAGCACCAAGGCCGAGGAGCGGGCGGGCAAGGAGGGGACGGGUCCCCUGCCUGGCCUGCGGCUGCCCAGCAGCACAGCCCACCUGGAGACCAAGGCUACCAUCCUGCCCCUGCCGUCACACAGCAGCGUCCCCAUGCAGGGCCUGGUGGCCCGAGCCUCCAAGUACGACUUCUUCAUCCAAAAACUGAAGACAGGCGACAACCUGCGGCCCCAGAACGGAAGCACUUACAAGAAGCCAUCCAAGUAUGACCUGGAGAACGUCAAAUACCUCCAUCUCUUCAAGCCCGGGGAGGGCAGCCCCGAUAUGGGCGGGGCCAUUGCCUUCAAGACGGGCAAGGUGGGGCGCCCCUCCAAGUACGACGUCCGGGCCAUCCAGAAGCCAGGCCCCGCCAAGGUCCCACCCACCCCCAGCCUGGCCCCUGCGCCCCUCCCCAGUGUGCCCAGUGCUCCCAGCGCCCCUGGGCCAGGGCCUGAGCCACCUGCCUCCCUGCCCUUCAACACUCCUGAGUACCUGAAGUCGACCUUCUCCAAAACAGACUCCAUCACCACGGGAACUGUCUCCACUGUCAAGAAUGGAUUGCCCACAGAUAAACCAGCUGUCACUGAAGAUGUAAACAUUUACCAGAAAUAUAUUGCCAGGUUCUCGGGCAGUCAGCACUGUGGCCACAUCCACUGCGCCUACCAGUACCGAGAGCACUACCAUUGCCUGGAUCCCGAGUGCAACUACCAGAGGUUCACGAGCAAGCAGGACGUGAUCCGCCACUACAACAUGCACAAAAAGCGCGACAACUCCCUGCAGCACGGCUUCAUGCGUUUCAGCCCGCUGGACGACUGCAGCGUCUACUACCACGGCUGCCACCUCAACGGAAAGAGCACCCACUAUCACUGCAUGCAGGUGGGCUGUAACAAAGUGUAUACCAGCACAUCAGAUGUGAUGACCCACGAGAACUUCCACAAGAAGAACACUCAGCUCAUCAAUGACGGCUUCCAGCGCUUCCGAGCGACUGAGGACUGCGGCACAGCUGACUGCCAGUUCUACGGGCAGAAGACCACCCAUUUCCACUGCAGGCGCCCUGGCUGCACAUUCACCUUCAAGAACAAGUGUGACAUCGAGAAGCACAAAAGCUACCACAUCAAGGACGACGCGUACGCCAAGGACGGCUUCAAGAAGUUCUACAAGUACGAGGAGUGCAGGUACGAGGGCUGCGUGUACAGCAAGGCCACCAACCACUUCCACUGCAUCCGUGCCGGCUGCGGCUUCACCUUCACCUCCACCAGCCAGAUGACCUCGCACAAGCGCAAGCACGAGCGCAGGCACGUCCGCUCCUCGGGCGCGCUGGGGCUGCCGUCCUCGCUGCUGGGCACCAAGGACACGGAGCACGAGGAGUCGAGCAACGACGACCUGGUCGACUUCUCGGCCUUGAGCAGCAAGAACUCCAGCCUCAGCGCCUCUCCGACCAGCCAGCAGUCCUCCGCCUCCCUGGCCGCUGCCGCCACUGCCACUGCUGAGGCCGUGCCUGGUGCCACCAAGCCUCCCAACAGCAAGAUCUCCGGGCUGCUGUCCCAGGGCCUGCCCGCGUCCAUCCCGCUGGCACUGGCCCUCUCCAACUCGGGCCUGCCCACCGCCGCCCCCUACUUCCCCAUCCUACCUGGCCGGAGUGGUGCCUCCCUGCCUGUGGGCACCCCUGGCCUCCUGGGGGCCAUGUCAUCGGGGGCAGCGGCCUCAGCAGCCGCUGACACACCUGCUCUGGCUGCCUCGGGAGCCGGCGAUUCUGCCCCUGCGGCUGCCUCCUCUGUCCCGGUGCCCCCCGCCUCUAUCAUGGAAAGGAUCUCAGCGAGCAAGGGCCUCAUCUCACCCAUGAUGGCCAGGCUGGCCGCUGCUGCCCUCAAGCCCUCUGCCACUUUUGACCCAGGAAGCGGGCAGCAGGCCACCCCCGCCAGGUUUCCCCCGGCCCCGGUGAAGCAGGAGCCCGGUGAGAACGCUGGUGCCCCGGUUCCCCACGAGGUCUCCCAGGACCGCAGUUUAGACCUGACUGUGAAGGAGCCCAGUAAUGAAUCAAAUGGCCACGCAGUCCCGGCAAAUUCAUCUCUUUUAUCCUCGCUUAUGAAUAAGAUGUCUCAGGGCAACCCCAACCUCGGCAGCCUGUUGAACAUCAAGACGGAAGCAGAGGGCAGUACCGCCAUGGAGUCCUCGCCCUUCCUGGGCAAGGCUGUGAAGGCGCUGGUUCAGGAGAAGCUGUCCGAGCCCUGGAAGGUGUACCUUCGAAGGUUUGGCACCAAGGACUUCUGUGACGCCCAGUGUGACUUCCUGCACAAGGCCCACUUCCACUGCGUGGUGGAGGAGUGUGGCGCGCUUUUCAGCACCCUGGACGGGGCCAUCAAGCACGCCAACUUCCACUUCCGGACGGAGGGAGGAGCAGUGAAGGGAAACACGGAGGCCUCCUUCCCCACCUCGGCUGCUGAGACCAAACCUGCCUUGGCCCCGUCAUCCCCUCCAGCGCCUCCUGUCACCACAGCCACAGUAUCCUCCCUGGAGGGUCCCACUCCCAGCCCGGCUGCUGUGCCCUCCACCCCCACGCUGCUCGCCUGGAAGCAGCUGGCUUCCACCAUCCCCCAGAUGCCUCAGAUUCCAGCGUCAGUGCCUCACCUGCCCACUUCGCCCUUGGCAACGACUUCUCUAGAAAACGCCAAGCCCCAGGUCAAACCCGGAUUCCUCCAGUUCCAGGAGAACGACCCUUGCCUCACGACGGACUGCAAGUACGCCAACAAGUUCCACUUCCACUGUCUCUUUGGGAACUGCAAGUACGUGUGUAAAACCUCCGGCAAGGCCGAGUCGCACUGCCUGGACCACAUCAACCCCAGCAACAACCUGGUGAACGUGCGAGACCAGUUCGCAUACUACUCCCUGCAGUGUCUCUGCCCCAACCAGCACUGCGAGUUCCGGAUGCGCGGACACUACCACUGCCUCCGGACCGGCUGCUACUUCGUGACCAACAUCACCACCAAGUUGCCAUGGCACAUAAAGAAGCAUGAGAAGGCCGAGCGGCGGGCGGCCAACGGGUUUAAGUACUUCACCAAGCGCGAAGAGUGUGGCAGGCUAGGCUGCAAGUACAACCAGGUGAACAGCCACUUCCACUGCAUCCGGGAGGGCUGCCAGUUCUCCUUCCUGCUCAAGCACCAGAUGACCUCCCACGCCCGGAAGCACAUGCGGAGGAUGCUGGGGAAGAACUUCGAUCGCGCGCCCCCCGCCCAGGGCCCCCCGAGCCUGAUGGAUGCGGAGACAGAUGACUACAUGGACUACACGGGCUGCAGCCCUGGCGCCGUGUCCUCCGAGUCGUCCACCAUGGACCGGAGCUGCUCCAGCACCCCGGUGGGCAACGAAAGCACUGCGGCCGGGAACACCAUCUCCAUGCCGACAGCCUCCGGGGCCAAAAAGCGCUUCUGGAUCAUUGAGGACAUGUCGCCCUUCGGCAAGAGGCGCAAGACGGCCUCCUCGCGGAAGAUGCUGGACGAGGGCAUGAUGCUGGAGGGCUUCCGGCGCUUUGACCUCUACGAGGACUGCAAGGACGCAGCGUGCCAGUUUUCGCUCAAGGUCACCCACUACCACUGCACGCGGGAGAACUGCGGCUACAAGUUCUGCGGGCGCACGCACAUGUACAAGCACGCGCAGCACCACGACCGCGUGGACAACCUCGUGCUGGACGACUUCAAGCGCUUCAAGGCCUCACUCAGCUGCCACUUCGCCGACUGCCCCUUCUCCGGCAGCAGCACGCACUUCCACUGCCUGCGGUGCCGCUUCCGCUGCACCGACAGCACCAAGGUCACGGCGCACCGCAAGCACCACGGCAAGCAGGACGUGAUCAGCGCGGCGGGCUUCUGCCAGUUCAGCUCGAGCGCCGACUGCGCGGUGCCCGACUGCAAGUACAAGCUCAAGUGCUCGCACUUCCACUGCACCUACCCGGGCUGCCGCCACACGGUGGUGGGCAUGUCGCAGAUGGACUCGCACAAGCGCAAGCACGAGAAGCAGGAGCGCGGGGAGCCGCCCGCCGCGUCCCCGGGCGCCGCCGUCGGCCUGGACGGGGCGCUGUCGCUGGGUGCCGAGCCCGGGGGCGCCCUGCUCUUCCUGCCGCCCGCCGCCGCCGCCGCCGCCGCUGCCGGCGGGCCGGGGGCGCUGGGGCUGGGCGACGUGGGCGAUCCCGGCGACCCCGGCCCGCCCGACGGCCCCGGGCCCCGCGAUGGCCCCGCCGCGCCGGCACCUGGCCCCGCCGCCGGGGAGUCAUCGCAGGACGACGAGGAGGAGGAGCUGGAGCUGCCCGAGGAGGAGGCGGACGACGACGACGACGACGACGAGGACGACGACGACGAGGACGACGACGACGAGGACGACGACGACGACGAGGACCUGCGCACCGACUCGGAGGAGUCGCUGGCUGAGGCGGCGACGGCGGCGGCCGCGGGGCCCGGGGCGCGGAGCCCGGAGCUGGCGGCCCCCGCGCCCGCCGCAGCCUCUCCCUAGCCGGCCGUCGGGGGUGGGGGGGCCCGGGGCCGGGGCCGCCUCGCCCGCGCCCCUGCCCUGGUGGCCACUGCGAUUCCCUUCGUAAGAGAUGCUGUGUCUGGGCAGCGCUGCCCUCGGUCCAGAGCGAGACGGUCGCCCCCGCUGCCGGGCUCGGGGCGGCCCCGCCGGUGCUUCCGGACCCCGAGUCCGUCUCAGGACAGAGGCGGGGGCCUCCCUCUGGUGCUCCGGGGCCGCCCCCGCCCCGCCCGUGGCGCGCGGCCCGCGGCUGGAAGGACAGGCUGCGAGCGACCCUCCUCUGGCUGCACUUCGGGGAUCUUCUUCUUCAGGGAAACAGAAGGUGCUCUUGUCCGGGGUGGGACCGAGGAGCAGGGGCCCCCACCCCCCAGGGCCAGGCGGGCGCCGACGACCGGGCAGCCGCCCCCGCGCGCUCCUCCCCGCGGCCGGACCCCGGGCCCCACGACCAGGCCGGUGGGAUUCCUCAUUGCUCAGGACUGGGAAGGGCGCUGGGGGUCACCGCGGACCCCCACCCCUCACCCCCAGAGGCGGCCCCAGCAGCAUCUGGCAGGGCCUUCCAUUCAUGCAGCUAAGAAGCCUCCUCCGGGCCCUGGGGCGUUGGGGGGGGCGGGGCAGAGGCGACACUGCAGGGACCGCGGAGGGAACCUCAUGGAAGAAUUAGG